CACACAAGCCCAGACACGCUGCUCCCAAUUAUCCCUCCUCUGACACAGCAGCCUGUGGUUAUUAUCCUGAUCAAAGCAAACACUGCCCGGGUAUAAAACCUGCCCUGGCCGAGUGCUGCUUGUUUUGGGAGCUGCAAGAAGCCACCAAGGAUGAAGGCUCCUCUCCUCCUCGCCGCGCUCGUCAUCGCCCUGGCCUCGGAGAGGGCUUCCUCUUUGACGUGUUUCUCGUGCAAAGACGAGACUUCCAACAUCCACUGUCUCAGCACGACCAAAUGCUCUGACAACGAGAAGUACUGCCUGACCACCUACUCCACCACGGGCAUGGGCAGUGACAAGAGCCAGCGCAUCACCAAGAAAUGCUCCGCAUUCUGCCCGUCCAUGAACCUCAACAUCGGCAUAGCCGGGGUCGCCACCAGCUGCUGCGAGACCUCCCUGUGCAACAUCAGCGGCGCCGGCAGCGUCAGAACCAGCUCCACCAUCAUCGCCCUGGGCCUCCUGGCCAGCCUGGCCUGCGUCCUCAGGAUGGGCUUUUAAAGGGUUUCUGGGAGGGGGAGGUGUAAGGAGGCCUCACGUCCCAUCAGGAAGUGUUUUUGCCCCGAUGGCAACGCCCAAGGGCACUGCCCUACCUCGAAACGGUGCUUUUGGAAGAGAAAGGCAUGAUGUGGAGCCCCCCACGGGCACCGUGUACCCCCAUCUCUCUCCUGCUAUUGGAAUUUCUAAAUCAGAGCAGGUUUUCCCCUUCAUUUUGUGCCUUUUUUUUUUUUCCCCCCCUUUAUCCCGUUUUCUGCCCCGCCUCGUUUUGCUCCGAGGAAGCCUUUACUAUCAGAGUUGUUAAGCAGCAAGUGGGCACAAUAAAGUGUUAUUUUAUU